CUGCUAGAAGACUCCCCGGGCCCACCUGCUCUGUUGCCUUACAGAGCAAGCGAAAAAGAUGGACGGAGUGACGCGCCCUCUGCCUGUGUGCCUGCUGCCUCCUGCGCCCUUGUUAAUCCUAGUGUCCACUCUGGCGACUGCUAAGAGUGUGGCCAACAGCACUUUAAAUGGCACUGACACGGUCGUGGGCUCAGUGCCCGUGGUCAUUGCCAGAACCGACCAUAUCAUCGUCAAGGAAGGGAACAGUGCCUUGAUCAACUGUAGUGUUUAUGGCCUCCCUGAGCCCCAGCUCAAGUGGUAUAACUCCGUGGGCAAGCUGCUGCAUGAGGACAGCAAGGACCAAGGGGCAGGAAAGUGGCAGAUGCACGACGGCCUCCUGAACAUCACCAAGGUGUCCUUCACGGACCGAGGUCGAUACACAUGUGUGGCGGCCAACGUCCACGGCACCGUGAACAACACGGUGACGCUGAGGGUGGUCUUCACGUCGGGGGACAUGGGCGUGUACUACAUGGUGGUGUGCCUGGUGGCCUUCGCCGUGGUGCUGGCCCUCAACAUCACCCGCCUCUGCAUGAUGAGCAGCCACCUGAAGAAGACCGAGAAGGCCAUCAACGAGUUCUUCCGUACAGAGGGCGCCGAGAAGCUGCAGAAGGCCUUCGAGAUCGCCAAGCGCAUCCCCAUCAUCACGUCGGCCAAGACGUUGGAGCUGGCCAAGGUCACACAGUUCAAGACCAUGGAGUUCGCCCGCUACAUCGAGGAGCUGGCCCGCAGCGUGCCGCUGCCCCCGCUCAUCAUGAACUGCAGGACCAUCGUGGAGGAGCUCAUGGAGGUGGUAGGGCUGGAGGAGCAGGGCCAGAACUUCGUGCGCCACGCGCCUGAGGGCCAGGAGGCCCCCACCGGGGACGAGGUCUACACCAUCGCCGACGCCCUGCAGCGGAGCGAGUCCCCCACCGCUGACUCAGACGCCUCGUCGCUGCACGAGCAGCCCCAGCAGAUUGCCAUCGAGGUGUCCGUGCACCCCCAGGCCCGGAGGGAGCCCACGGAUGACCGGGACGGGGGGCCCCUCGAGGCCAGAGACGAGGAGGACACCGAACCCUCGGCCGAGCAUUCCCCCGAGUCCGUGGCGCCUUCCACCGAGGUCACGUCCGCGGCGCUGACCUCCGAGGAGCCCACGCCUGUCGAGGUACCGGACCGUGUCCUGCCCCCAGGUCUCCUGGAAGCCACAGAGCCAGCCGGGGCGUGCGACAGCAACGCCCGCGUCGUCUAUGAAAGCCAUGUCUAA